CGAUUGCUGCCCUAUGCCAUUGUAGAGUACGACAAAUUCCAAAUAUAUGCGCAUUCAUAUGCAACUUCAGGAACCAUUGAGAAUCCACAGUGGGCAAGACAAGGACCUUACAGCAUGAAAUUUGAUGUCACCCGCGCUGCAGAGUUAGUCUUGUGGUUUUACCUGGAACAUCCAAGUCUUCCUCAAGGGAAUUGCGAUUUCUUUCUUGGAAAGGCCAGGAUCGAGCCGGUGCUCGAAGAAACGAAGUUUACCAAGCAACUGAAAGUCGAAGGGGGUACCGGAGAAAUCUCUAUUGAGAUCCAAUACACUAAAAAUGCAACACCAGAAUUACAAGCACUCGACGGAUUUGAUGCAUAUCUUGGGAAUAGUUGUUGCUCGAGCGACUGUUCCAUCGCCCAGGGCAAAAAGAAAGAUACAAGUUUGCUUUACGCCUGCAAAAGACUUACAAAUGCCAACAGCUCGAGCCAUGUGUUCCUAUCUCAGGCUGACAAGCCGUUUAUUGCACCACUCAAGUUUGUGGCUCAAACAUCCAAGGGAGUAGGCCUACAUUCACCUUUUAUUCAUGGAGGACCGCUAUUUUACCAUAUUCAGAAGCCGCGGCGUUUUGAUGUCGACAGAUGCCGCUUCUAUGCUGCAGAGAUCCUUUGCGCAUUCGAAAGCUUGUUACGGUCUAAUCCUUCCUACCGCGGGCCCAAAACAGAAAAUAUCCUCUUGGACUCUAUAGGGCAUGUUGUACUGUGCGACUUUAGUCUCUAUAACACUGACAUGGAAAAAACUGCUCACAGCAUGGUGGAAUAUCCUGCUCCUGAGCUGCUUUUGGAUCAAAAUUAUAGCAGUGAAAUACCGUCGCACAGGUGGUGGACUUUGGGAGUUUUCCUUUAUGAAAUGCUAACAGGAAUGCCGCCAUUCUACGCCGAAAGUAUCGAGGAAAGGCAAGAAAAGAUCUUGUCCAGCGAGCCCAUCAUAUAUCCGAAUUCGCUGCCAUUACCUGCAAAGGACAUCCUGACCAGGCUUCUUGACCGCAAUCCCGAGCAGCGAUUAGGUGUAAAGAGAGGAGCAAUCGAGAUCAAAGAACACUCGUUUUUUGACUGCAUUGACUGGGAUAAGCUUAUGCGGCGUGAAUAUCGUCCCGAUUUCAAGCCU